CGCUCCCCUUUGACCCUUCGCUCGCGUGCUACACAUCCGGGCCUCUGCUACUAGUGAGAGGAAGAUGGCGGCCGCGGCUGUUGUGGUUCCCGCAGAGUGGAUAAAGAACUGGGAGAAAUCAGGGAGAGGCGAAUUUUUGCAUUUAUGUCGGAUCCUCAGUGAAAAUAAAAGCCAUGAUAGUUCGACAUACAGAGAUUUCCAGCAAGCUCUCUAUGAAUUGUCAUAUCAUGUAAUUAAAGGAAAUCUAAAGCAUGAACAGGCAUCUAAUGUUCUUAAUGACAUUAGUGAAUUUCGUGAGGAUAUGCCCUCCAUUCUUGCUGAUGUAUUCUGCAUAUUAGAUAUUGAAACAAAUUGUUUAGAAGAAAAAAGCAAGAGAGACUAUUUUACACAGUUGGUAUUAGCAUGUUUGUAUUUAGUUUCAGACACAGUCCUGAAGGAACGCCUGGAUCCAGAAACACUGGAAUCAUUAGGGCUUAUCAAACAAUCACAGCAAUUCAAUCAAAAGUCAGUUAAAAUCAAGACAAAACUCUUUUAUAAGCAGCAGAAAUUCAAUUUGUUAAGAGAAGAGAAUGAAGGUUAUGCCAAGCUGAUUGCUGAAUUGGGGCAAGAUUUAUCUGGAAGCAUUACUAGUGAUUUAAUCUUAGAAAAUAUCAAAUCUUUAAUAGGAUGCUUUAAUCUGGAUCCCAAUAGAGUUUUGGAUGUCAUUUUAGAAGUGUUUGAAUGCAGGCCAGAACACGAUGACUUCUUUAUAUCUUUGUUAGAAUCUUACAUGAGUAUGUGUGAACCGCAAACACUGUGUCAUAUUCUUGGGUUCAAAUUCAAGUUUUACCAGGAACCAAAUGGCGAGACACCAUCAUCUUUAUACAGAGUUGCAGCUGUACUUCUACAAUUUAAUCUUAUUGAUUUAGAUGAUCUUUAUGUACAUCUUCUUCCAGCCGAUAAUUGCAUUAUGGAUGAACACAAACGAGAAAUUGCGGAAGCUAAGCAAAUUGUUAGAAAACUUACGAUGGUUGUGUUGUCUUCUGAAAAAAUGGAUGAUCGAGAGAAAGAAAAGGAGAAAGAAGAGGAGAAAGUAGAGAAGCCACCUGAUAACCAAAAACUUGGCUUGUUGGAAGCCUUAUUAAAGAUCGGUGACUGGCAACAUGCACAGAACAUUAUGGAUCAGAUGCCUCCAUACUAUGCAGCUUCACAUAAGCUAAUAGCACUUGCUAUUUGCAAGCUCAUUCACAUAACUAUUGAACCUCUCUACCGAAGAGUUGGUGUUCCUAAAGGUGCUAAGGGCUCACCUGUUAAUGCUUUGCAAAACAAGAGGGCACCAAAACAAGCUGAGAGUUUUGAAGAUUUGAGGAGAGACGUGUUCAAUAUGUUCUGUUACCUUGGUCCUCACCUUUCUCAUGAUCCCAUUUUAUUCGCAAAAGUGGUGCGCAUAGGCAAGUCAUUUAUGAAGGAGUUUCAGUCUGAUGGAAGCAAACAAGAAGAUAAAGAAAAAACGGAAGUUAUCCUUAGCUGUUUGCUUAGCAUUACUGACCAGGUACUACUUCCAUCUCUUUCUUUGAUGGACUGCAAUGCUUGUAUGUCUGAGGAACUAUGGGGAAUGUUUAAAACAUUUCCAUAUCAGCAUAGAUAUCGUCUGUAUGGCCAGUGGAAGAAUGAAACUUAUAACAGUCACCCACUUUUAGUAAAAGUUAAAGCUCAAACAAUAGACAGAGCCAAAUAUAUCAUGAAGCGCCUAACCAAGGAAAAUGUGAAGCCUUCUGGAAGACAAAUUGGGAAGCUGAGCCACAGCAAUCCAACCAUUUUGUUUGAUUAUAUCUUGUCACAAAUACAGAAGUAUGAUAACUUAAUAACACCUGUAGUAGAUUCAUUGAAAUACCUCACUUCAUUGAAUUAUGAUGUUUUGGCCUAUUGUAUCAUUGAAGCUUUAGCUAAUCCAGAAAAGGAAAGAAUGAAACAUGAUGACACAACCAUUUCAAGCUGGCUUCAGAGUCUGGCUAGUUUCUGUGGUGCAGUUUUUCGUAAAUAUCCAAUUGAUCUUGCCGGUCUUCUUCAGUAUGUUGCCAAUCAGCUAAAGGCGGGUAAAAGUUUUGACCUGCUUAUAUUGAAAGAAGUGGUGCAAAAAAUGGCAGGAAUAGAAAUUACAGAGGAAAUGACAAUGGAGCAACUAGAGGCCAUGACUGGUGGAGAGCAGCUAAAAGCUGAGGGUGGUUAUUUUGGUCAGAUCAGAAACACUAAAAAAUCCUCUCAGAGAUUAAAGGAUGCUCUGUUGGACCAUGAUCUUGCCCUUCCUCUCUGUCUCCUUAUGGCUCAGCAGAGGAAUGGGGUAAUCUUUCAGGAAGGUGGAGAGAAACAUUUGAAACUUGUGGGAAAGCUCUAUGACCAGUGUCAUGAUACCCUGGUGCAGUUUGGCGGGUUUUUAGCAUCUAAUCUGAGCACAGAAGAUUAUAUAAAGCGAGUGCCUUCAAUUGAUGUACUCUGUAAUGAAUUUCAUACACCCCAUGAUGCAGCAUUUUUCCUGUCUAGGCCAAUGUAUGCCCAUCAUAUUUCGUCAAAGUAUGAUGAACUUAAAAAAUCAGAAAAGGGAAGUAAACAGCAACAUAAAGUUCAUAAGUACAUAACAUCAUGUGAGAUGGUGAUGGCGCCUGUCCAUGAAGCAGUGGUCUCCUUACAUGUUUCCAAAGUCUGGGAUGACAUCAGCCCUCAAUUCUAUGCCACGUUCUGGUCAUUGACAAUGUAUGACCUUGCAGUUCCACACACCAGCUAUGAACGAGAAGUCAAUAAACUUAAAGUCCAGAUGAAAGCAAUUGAUGACAAUCAAGAAAUGCCCCCAAAUAAAAAGAAAAAAGAGAAGGAGCGCUGUACUGCUCUUCAGGACAAGCUUCUUGAAGAAGAAAAGAAACAGAUGGAACAUGUACAGAGAGUUCUACAGAGAUUGAAACUGGAAAAGGACAACUGGCUUUUAGCAAAAUCUACCAAAAAUGAGACCAUCACAAAAUUUCUACAGCUGUGUAUAUUUCCUCGAUGUAUUUUUUCAGCAAUUGAUGCUGUUUACUGUGCUCGUUUUGUUGAAUUGGUACAUCAACAGAAAACUCCAAAUUUUUCCACACUUCUUUGCUAUGAUCGAGUUUUCUCUGACAUAAUUUACACAGUUGCAAGCUGUACUGAAAAUGAAGCCAGUCGAUAUGGAAGGUUUCUUUGCUGCAUGUUAGAGACUGUGACCAGGUGGCAUAGCGAUAGAGCCACAUAUGAAAAGGAAUGUGGAAACUAUCCAGGAUUCCUUACCAUAUUGCGGGCAACUGGAUUUGAUGGUGGAAAUAAGGCUGAUCAAUUAGACUAUGAAAAUUUUCGACAUGUUGUACAUAAAUGGCAUUAUAAACUAACCAAGGCAUCGGUACAUUGCCUUGAAACAGGCGAAUAUACUCACAUCCGGAAUAUCUUGAUUGUGCUAACAAAAAUACUUCCUUGGUACCCAAAAGUUUUGAAUCUGGGUCAAGCUUUGGAAAGAAGAGUACACAAAAUCUGCCAAGAAGAAAAAGAGAAGAGGCCAGAUCUAUAUGCAUUGGCUAUGGGCUACUCUGGGCAGUUGAAAAGUAGAAAGUCAUACAUGAUACCUGAAAAUGAGUUUCAUCACAAAGACCCCCCUCCGAGGAAUGCAGUUGCCAGUGUGCAAAAUGGGCCUGGUGGUGGGCCUUCUUCAUCAUCAGUAGGAAGUACAUCUAAAUCGGAUGAAAGCAGUACUGAGGAGACUGAUAAAUCAAGGGAGAGAUCUCAGUGUGGUGUGAAAGCUGUUAAUAAAGCUUCUAGUACCACACCUAAAGGGAAUUCAAACAAUGGAAAUAGUGGCUCUAACAGCAACAAAGCUGUUAAAGAAAAUGACAAAGAAAAAGGGAAAGAGAAGGAAAAAGAGAAAAAAGAAAAGACUCCAGCUACUACUCCAGAGGCCAGGGUACUUGGUAAAGAUGGUAAAGAAAAACCAAAGGAGGAGCGGCCAAAUAAAGAUGAAAAAGCAAGAGAAACCAAGGAAAGAACGCCAAAGUCUGACAAAGAAAAAGAAAAAUUCAAGAAGGAAGAAAAAGUUAAAGAUGAGAAAUUCAAGACCACUGUCCCCAACGCAGAAUCAAAAUCAAGUCAAGAAAGGGAAAGAGAGAAGGAGCCAUCCAGAGAGAGAGAUAUAGCAAAGGAAAUGAAAUCAAAGGAAAAUGUUAAAGGAGGAGAAAAAACGCCAGUUUCUGGGUCCUUGAAGUCACCUGUUCCCCGAUCAGAUAUUCCAGAGCCUGAAAGGGAACAAAAACGCCGCAAAAUUGAUACUCACCCUUCUCCGUCGCAUUCCUCCACAGUAAAGGUUACAGCCAUACUUCCCAAAGUUCCUCUGGGUUCUGAGAACUAUGCCAGCUCACCUGUCAUCUCCAUUCAUUUUCUACAGGACAGUCUCAUCGAACUCAAGGAAUCUUCAGCAAAGCUCUACAUUAAUCAUACUCCUCCACCACUGUCCAAGAGUAAGGAGAGAGAAAUGGACAAGAAAGAUUUGGACAAGUCAAGGGAAAGAUCCAGAGAAAGAGAGAAAAAAGAUGAAAAGGACAGGAAAGAGCGGAAAAGGGAUCACUCAAACAAUGACCGUGAAGUGCCACCGGACUUAACCAAGAGACGUAAAGAAGAAAAUGGAACAAUGGGGGUUUCAAAACAUAAAAGUGAAAGUCCAUGUGAAUCUCCUUAUCCAAAUGAAAAAGAUAAGGAAAAAAAUAAGUCAAAAUCUUCAGGCAAAGAAAAAGGCAGUGAUUCAUUUAAAUCUGAGAAGAUGGAUAAAAUCUCCUCCGGUGGCAAAAAGGAGUCUAGGCAUGAUAAAGAAAAGAUAGAAAAGAAAGAGAAACGGGACAGUUCAGGAGGAAAGGAAGAGAAGAAACAUCAUAAGUCCUCGGACAAGCACAGAUAAUGAAGACUUUCAAUCAAGGUGAGAUUGGAGUGUUCAGCUGUGACCAGAAAUUUAUUUUCCUGAGUAAAUUGCCAAGAAUUAAGAAUGAAGAGGGCCAUUUGCAUCUCCUUAAAUUAUUCAGUUGUCUGCUUUAUUGCUCCAUGUGGAAAACUUAAAAUUAAGUUGUGCAUUUCUGUAUUUUCACCUGUUGUUUAGUUUCUACAUGUUUAUUUUCAGUAAUGGCUGAAAGUGUUAAUUGUUCCAUAUUUUUAGCACAAUGUGCUGCAUACAGUUUCCAACAAACAAAUAAGGUUACCUGUGUACAGAGUUCUACCUUAGGUGAACUAAAUACUGCCUGGGUUCAGCUUUUAUUUCCAUUCUGAAAUGCUUCCAUUUUAUUGUUUGAAACUGAAAAUAAACAAUUAUUGAACCAUUUUGACCUCAUUUUAAAACUCAGUUUUAAUUUAUUAUUUGGCUUAUUCUUAAUAUUAGUCACUAAAAACAGUGGGAGCAUUGUCUUAUGAAAUGCUUAGGAAUCAUUUUAUAUAGUACAUGUACAACAUUAAAACCUGUUUAAAAAAGAAAAAGGUACCAGCACUCACUUGUCCCUUGCCAUUUUUUCUUGUAAUUAUGUUAGACAAAUCUUGGGGCGGGGGGAUCAAAAGAUAAUUGUUUUAAUUCUACAGCUAUAGGAGCUUUGUAUUGCUGAACUUUGGUCUGGCAAAGUUUCACAGUGACAUUUUUAAAAGAGAAUUUUUUUAUCUACUGAAUUCUACCAGUGUAACCUUUUUUCUAAAUAAACAAUAGUUUUCUCAAAUGAUUGUA